UUUGAAAAAAAAAUCAAAAACGGAAAAUUUUGAAUUGAAAAAGUUGUGUAUUUUUUGUGAAUUCCAAAAUUUAAUUUGUGAAAAAUUGUGAAAAAUUCGUUAAUCAUGUCCAUGAAUGUUCCGAAAAAGGUCAAUCGUCAUGUAUUGAAGGCAAUGCAUAUUCUGAGUAAUGGUAAUGCAAAUAAGACCAUACCAUUAAUGGCUGUUAUAAAUCAAGUUGAGUAUCAAAUGCGAAAUUUGGUACCGGUUCCACAUCUGGAGACGGUAAUUGAACAUGCCCUCAUGAAUCUAAGUGAAGUGGGUUUAAUUCAGAAGAAGGGAUCCACAAAUUUCACCAUGGGUCAUUCAUAUGGUAUGGCGUCGAGGACAACACCCGGACGGCCAAUACCUCAAUUGCACCGGGAAUAUUUUCAGCCAAGGGUGGCCCGCAAAAGAAGUGUCCGCAAUUUAGAUCCCAAUUCCCAUGUAGAUCGCCAUUACAGCCAAGAGUCCGUGUCGGGUGAUGAAUAUGAUCGUGCCCGCAAACGUUUGCGCACGAAUACUCGGAAAUUUAAAUUUCACGGUGGUAAUGUACCCUUGCCAAAAUCCAAAAAUCAUGCCAGCCAGCAAUAUGAUGUUAUGGCACCAGAGUGGAGUGAUAUUGGCUACCUGAGUGAUGGCGCCAUUGAUGAUUACAGUUUGAAAAUGUUCUCCCAAUGGGCAAAUGCCAAACGAUUAUAUGGCCUACCCACAAAUUGGCCAUGGAAUCCUGCUGUGGUAUCGGCUGCCCUACAAAUCAGCGAAAUACCCAAUGUAGAACCCUCAACGUCUAAUGGCCAGAGUUCUACCAAAGAAACAAGUGAAAUGAAGUUGAUGAAAGAACAAAAUGAAAUCUAUCAGGAAGCAGCAGCAGAAGAAAAUGUGGAAGAAAAACAAAAACAAAUGCCAUCAACUUUGCCAAAGGGAAAUGAGAACACAAAAGAAACUGGCAGCGGGCAAAAUAUUACACCCAAAGCAGAUAAAAAAUCUCAAGAAACCAUUACCAAGUCAUCGCUGAUAGAAGUCAAUUCGAAAAUGUCUUCGAAAGCAAACUCAAAGGCUAACAUGGGCAGGGGAGAAGAAGAGGAGAAGAAACAACAUCCAUUAAACGAAUCUCUAUCCCAUGUGGAAGAUAUGGAAAUUAUAUUAUCGCCCAGAUCAAUGAGUUAUUUAAAUUAAAUGUUUUGCUUGUCAUAUAGUUUUGAAUCAUAUUUGGAUUUAAGUGUCGCUUUGUAUUGAAAUAAAUCGUUUUUUUUUUUGUUAAA